CAUUCGACUUCGAGACAGUAGGAAGUGCUAUUAUUGCCGACUUCUGCAUAUUCAAGAAAUAUAGAGCUCUAGUCAGCCAGCCGCCAUCAGCUGUGGGUCGCCUAGGAUGCAGGGAUCUAGAUGAGAGCAAGUCAAACAAUUAGUCCUAAAGAAAACGAGGACGAAGACGACUACUUCUUCACCAGCUCGGGCAUAUAGUGAGAAGAUGAUGCUAAUCAAGCCGUCGAACAUAAUUCGGCUCAGCCUUGUUACACGCCGCCAUAUUGCAACCUCAGGCACCACGUCGAUUCGUCCUCUGCUCCGACUCACAACGCGACCACUGCUUUUACCAAGAUUCAAGACCACAUCGGCAAAGACAGAAGGUCCUCAGACCGACCCAGGGCCUUUAUUGCGCCCGAAUCACUGCAUUUACCAUGCGGGCGCACUUAAAAUCACGUUUCUUGGGUGGUUGAAGCUAACCAGUCUAUUCCUCUGCGCCUUCUUUGGCUUCGUCGUCACGCCAGCCUGUUAUAACAAGGAGGGACUGUCUCCGACCGUAGCACGCAUCGCAUUCUGUGCUGUGGCGCCGGUGGUAGUGGUAGCCUAUAUCACGUCGCCAUUUGUCACCUUCAUUCGAGUUCGCCUGCCUCCCUUCGCGCGCCAGUCGACAGAAGCGGCGAGAAGGUACCUUCAGAACUCAACGAGCAACCCAGUUUUGGAAAUUACGACGAUGAGUUUCAUCGCCAAACCACGGACUAGCGUCGUCAGGAUCUCUGACCUGGUGCCCGUGAACAAGCGAUUUGGCCUUGUGAACAUUGCUCGGGAUACAGCAGCCGACAAUGCGGCAAGGAAGUGGUAUAUGUUUAGGGCCGUUGGCAAUUUCCACGUUCCAUCACAGAAUAACUCAGAACGCUGGCUCUGGCGUUCCACCUGGGAUAACGAACUCGCCAGAAGACAACAUUGUCAUUAAAGAAAAGCUUGAAAGUCGACGUGGAGGAAGGGUCGCAUGUGUCGAUCGUCAAUUAGUUUCUCAGCAGUGGGUAUAUAGGGAAUACUUAAGGCCAUUUUUACGUCGCGGUUGGCAUCUCUUUGUGAACUGGCUGGGCCAUGGUCGGUUGGCGACUUGUGCUUAUUCGAGGUCGACUACCACACCCUCGAGCUCAACGAGGGCAAGCACUACCAUGCUCUAAAAUAUCCAGGGCCCAGGCAAUCAACCGACAAUCUUAUUAUACGGAUAUGCCAAACCGUGGUUCAGGACGAACAAACCUCUUUCGCGAGGACAUCCAGAU